AUGCCAAUUUUAAGAACCGGGCAUAAGACCCAAGAGCUCAUUGACGGCGUUCUGUUGCAUGUGGCGAAGCCCAUCCCCGGUGCCGCCGAAGCCCUCCGCUACCUCAACGACAACAACAUCCCUUUUAUCCUGUUGACCAACGGAGGAGGCCGGCCCGAAGCGGCCCGCGUAAAGGACCUGAGCGAGAAGCUCGGCGUCGAGCUCUCGGUGGACAACUUUGUCCAGUCGCAUACCCCUUUUCAGGAGCUGGUGCACGGCCCAGAAGGCCUGGGAGAUAAGACCAUCUUCGUAACGGGCGCCAAUGCGAAGAAGUGUCGCGAGAUUGCGAAGCUAUAUGGCUUCAAGAACGUGGUGACGCCGGCGGACAUCAUCCACGCGCACCCCGACGUGUUCCCGUUCGAGCUGCUCAUGAAAUCGGUCUACGCAGAGACUCACGAGCCCCUCCCCAAGCCGAUCCACACGGGCAACAUGUCGGACGCGGACGCGCUCAAGAUCGACGCCAUGUUUGUAUUCAACGACCCGCGCGACUGGGCGCUCGACAUCCAGAUCAUCACCGAUCUGCUGCUCUCGCGCGAGGGCCUGCUGGGGACGUACUCGCCCAAGAACGGCAACGCCUCGCUCCCCAACGGCGGGUGGCAGCAGGACGGGCAGCCGCCGCUCAUCUUCUCCAACGCGGACCUCUUCUGGCCCACGACGUACCACCAGCCACGGUUCGGGCAGGGCGCGUUCCAGGCGGCCGUGGCGGGUGUGUGGAAGGAGGUCACGGGCGGGGCGGAGCUACGGAGGACGGUGUUUGGCAAGCCGUUUGCGACGACGUACCAGUACGCCGAGAGGGUGCUCAACGCGCACCGGCGGGCGCUGCUGGGCAAGGCCAACGGCGGCGACGGCGGCGAGGUGGCGCCGUUGAAGACGGUGUACAUGGUGGGAGACAACCCAGAGAGCGACAUCCGCGGGGCCAACGACUACAGCAACGACGAGACGGAGUGGGCGUCGGUGCUGGUCAAGACGGGGGUCUGGAAGAAGGAAAGGGGGCCGCCUACGCAUGCGCCCAAGAUGAUUGUGGAUGAUGUCAAGGCGGCGGUCGAGUGGGCGCUGGAGAGAGAGGGACGCCCGGCCAAGGUUUAG